UCACGGUUACGUCAUCACUUCAAGGUGUAAACAAACAAGGAACUCCAGGUGGCCUGUUCCCACCCUCCUUCUUUACCUUACUGACCUAUCCCUGGCCUUCCCUGGUGAUCCCUAAGGCCCCUGAACACCCCAUCAGCCAUGAAUCUCCCAGCACAAGCCCUCAGCAUACUGGACACGGCUCUCAGGGUACCGCCGCUCUUCGUAAUGGAUGAAAUAUUAAAAUCUUGCUUCGGGUUCUCUAACAAUAUACACGCCAGAUAUUCAAGCUUCUUUGUUGAUGAAAACCCAUUCCUCAAUGAUGAAGGGUUCGGACACCUGCAGAGCGAGGAACUGAAGCACUGGCCAGCUGACAAUGACACCACAGUGGAGCUCGAAGACUACCCAAUGUUCUCUACUAUUGCUCUCACACUUGCCAAAAUACUCAUGUUUAUAUUAGUAUACUUACUAGCAACAGUGGUGUUCCUGCUGAGCUCCCAGCGGCUGGUGCAGGUGUAUUUGGUGGUGGGCAGUGUGGUGGUGGUGGUUGUUGGAUACCAGCUCAAUGUGGCCACCCUGUUGUACCUGGCCUCCCCCCCACACUGCGAUAAUCCUCCCCUGCUGUACAGCCUGCUGUCCCUCAACACCACAGCCAUCCAGGGCAGUGGCACCACCAUCACCACCUUGGGUGCCAAUUACCUGUGUCAGGGUGGCUUGGGAUACCUGUUCACCUUGCUGCACUCAGGGCCAACACAUCCGCUGCUGUACCGCCUCCUCAUCCUUUCCUUCCUCACCCCGAGCUUCUCCCUGUUGCUGCCACUCCCCGACGCUGUCCUCUCCGCCGUGCCACUGUUUGCUGCACUGCUGCCGCUGGCUACCGUCAAGUACGGAGUGGCAUACAGGGCAGCGGCCGGUUGCCGGGUGGUAGCAGGCGGCUACCAGUACGCCCGCACCGUCAUGAGGGAGUUCGGCCUGCACUCGCUGCUGGAGAGUGAGUGGGUCCGGCUCAAUGUGCCCAAUGUGCUGCGCACCUUCUGGCUGGUGCGCACCUCCAACCAUGUGACUGUGCUGCUGGGGGACUUCAUGCACGCCCGGGGAGAGCGACAGUCCCUGUGGGAGCUGGACGCGGCAGCACUGUACGUCAUCUUCAAGGCAGUCAUGACGCAGGGCUGUGAGACAGCCGUGGCACUGCUGGGCAUGACCAGUGUGGUGUCAUACGCCAGCCAUUACGUGAGUGUGGCCUUCCAGAUGGUGCUGUUGACGUCGGAGGAUGAUGACCGCAGUAUGGGAACGGUGUGCGCCAUCCUGUUCUUCAUCCUGGCGGAGCAGAGCGGCCUCACCGUCAUGGAGGGUGAGAAACGCUUUGUUAGGCUGUGCCGCAACUUCUGCCUCCUGUUCACCGCCAUGUUGCACUUCAUCCACAACAUGGUGAACCCGGUGCUCAUGUCCCUCAGCGCCUCCCGCAAUCCUGCACUGUACCGCCAUGCCCGGGCCCUGCUGGUGUGCUGCUUGCUGGUGCUGCUGCCAGCCGCCCUGCUCUACCUGCUGUGGUCCUGCUACCCGCUGUCCACCUGGCUGCUGGCCGUCUCUGCCUUCUCUGUGCAGGUGGUGGUCAAGACGCUGGUGUCUGUGCUGAUCUACGCAUUGUUCCUGGUGGAUGCCUACCGUGCCGCCUUCUGGGAGCGGCUGGACGACUACGUCUACUACAUCCGCGCCUUUGGAAACAGCGUGGAGUUUGUGUUCGGCAUCCUGCUGUUCUUCAAUGGUGCGUGGAUCUACCUGUUUGAGUCUGGCGGGUCCAUCCGCGCCUUCAUGAUGUGCAUCCACGCCUAUUUCAACAUUUGGUGUGAAGCGCGCAAUGGCUGGACGGUGUUCAUGAAGCGCCGCACUGCCGUCAACAAGAUUAACUCCCUGCCCGAGGCGUCGGCAUUGCAGCUGCAACGGCAUGAUGACGUGUGUGCCAUCUGCUUCCAGGCGCUGCACAGUGCUCGCAUCACCCGCUGCAGCCACUACUUUCACAGUGUGUGCCUGCGCAAGUGGCUCUAUGUGCAGGAUUCCUGCCCACUGUGCCAUGAGACACUCUACAAGGUGGAGGUGCCUGAGGACCAGCAGCAGCAGCAGCAAGGCGGUCAGGAGGAGGGCAUGGGGAACAUAGUGGCUGACGGACCACCGGCACAGGCCCCGGGCGAGCCCCAGCUGGGAGAGGAGGUCAACCCACCGGUGUGGGGUCAACAGGACAUUGAUCUCAUCCUUGGGGAAAAUAUGGCUGGCAGACAAGUGGUGGUGGACCAGGAGGUGGGGGAGGCAGUGCUGCAGUCCCCACCACUGGACCCCCCAGCCCCAACCUCCCAAGAGGGGCCAGGUGGAGACACACAGCAUGACAACAACAGAAUGUUCAACCUCAGAUUGCGUAGAGGCCACAUGAUUGACCAGGACAUAGGUCAGCAGUAGUUAGUGAAGAGUUCCAGGCUGUCCUCUCCUUUCCCUCUCCAUGGGUGACUAAAGUCUGCUGCUGAGAGAGAGAGGGGGAGAGAGAGAGAGAGAGUGAGAGACACAUUUGUCUAGUACUAUAUAGGCACAAUUCAUUGCAUGUUCACCAAACACUGUAUGCAGCAGCAGCAGAUAAUGUUGUGUUGACUGGUACUGUAUGCUUGAUCUUGUGUGUGUGUGUGUGUGUGUGUGUGUGUGUGUGUGUGUGUGUGUGCAAAAUACUGAAGGUGGUGUAGCAGCAGCAGCACUGCUCACACUGUCACACUGUCAGACAGUCAGACAUAGCCUGCCUGCCUUAUACCAAAAAAUGGUUUUCAUUUGACACAUGUGAUAUAAUUUUAGGGUUAUUUUAUUUUAAAUUAAAAUUUUCAUAAGGUUACUACUAAACCUUUAUUUGUAAAUAUUAAGGGACUCAUAUUGUAAUAUGACUUGCUGUAAUGAUGUUUCUAUUGUGUGAUUGUUAUAAAUAUAUGUAUGGCUUGUGAGUUGUA